UCUCAACAGACUGUGGCGCUUAUAUCGUAUUCUACUCAAUCCACUGGCCAUUUUCUUCUUAUCAACGCAUGAACGCCACGCGAGAAGAAAACUGAUUAUUCCAACCCUAAAGUUCCGAUUUAUUACAUAGCAUAUACUUAAACAUGGCAGUACAAUUUUUUAAUCGAGUGGGUCAGCUUGGUUUGGGCAUAGCUCUGGCUGGUGGUGUCGUUAACUCUGCAUUAUACAAUGUUGAUGGUGGUCAUCGAGCAGUUAUAUUUGAUAGAUUUGCUGGUAUAAAGAAUGCCGUGAUAGGAGAAGGAACACACUUUCUCAUUCCUUGGGUGCAAAAGCCAAUUAUUUUUGACAUUCGUUCACGACCGAGGAAUGUUCCAGUCAUUACUGGAAGCAAGGAUCUGCAGAAUGUAAAUAUUACUCUUCGUAUUCUCUUCAGACCAGUACCCGACUCUUUGCCUAAAAUAUAUACAAUCCUUGGUGUGGAUUAUGAUGAAAGAGUACUACCAUCUAUUACCACAGAAGUACUAAAAGCUGUUGUCGCACAAUUUGAUGCUGGUGAAUUAAUUACGCAAAGAGAAAUUGUAUCUCAAAAGGUCAGUGAUAGUUUAACGGAAAGAGCUGGACAAUUUGGCCUUAUCCUGGAUGAUAUUUCCAUUACACAUUUAACAUUUGGUAAAGAAUUUACCCACGCAGUAGAAUUGAAGCAAGUGGCACAACAGGAAGCGGAAAAGGCUCGUUUCUUGGUCGAAAAGGCUGAACAACAGAAGAAGGCAGCUAUUAUUAGUGCCGAGGGUGACGCGCAAGCCGCGAACUUACUAGCGAAAUCGCUAGCCGAAGCGGGAGAUGGUCUGGUCGAGCUUAGAAGAAUUGAAGCAGCGGAAGACAUUGCUUUCAAUAUGUCUAAAUCUCGUCAAGUAGCAUAUUUGCCAGCAGGUCAAAAUGUGCUGCUCAAUUUACCGCAGUAAAAUAAAUAAAUUACAUGUGUUUACAUGAAUUGUGCAUUUACAUCAUGAGAAGUUUGAUACUAUAAUAGAGUGUAAAAAGGAAAACAAUAUAUGUAAUGAUAAUUUCCCUGAAGGUGUUGCAUAGCAGGAAUAUAUAGUAUUUCAUAAUA